UCUAAUGCUCAGCCGCUCUUCCUGACGGGCUUGUACGGUUCUUGUAGGAGCGUGACAAGCUGUGGAGGGGAUGAAGCCCAUGCUGCCUGAGGCCCGGAAGUCGGGUCCGAGGGUCUCCGGAGUCGAAUGGGGCUGAGGAUUCAUAGAGAGCUGGAGCCGGUUCUUAGGCUGAGUUUAAUAGAGCGAGGGACUGGAACCUCAGGACUUUUUUUUUUGACUCCCUUUGGGUCUGGCCAAACCUUGCCUGAUCCUGGAGGGGUGGCUUUUGAACCCGGGCUGAUCCUCUCUUUGGCUCUAGUACACUCAACUGCCACUGAGGGAGUGUGCACUGCCCUGGGACUGGAUUAAAGUACGGUUCUCUUGAUUCCUCAGCCCCGCCCGAUCCCGGUCUAAGGCUCCUCGGGAGCUUCUACUAAUAAGGGAGCUCCCUGGCCAUGAUCGAGAAUUUUGAGGUCUUCUUGACUUUGUCAUUAACGUUGAACAGAUCGCUCAACCUGUAAUGCUCGAGAGAGAAUCCACCGUAUUUUAUUUACAGCCUCUGUUCCAUGAAUUCAGUAGAUUUUACAGCCUCUCCCUUAACCUAUAGAAGCUAAGAUACAAGUCUGCACUGAAAGGAUGGCACUCAUGGCGGAAAGGCUACAUAACUAAAAGAGGUUCAGAAAAGAGAAGGGAGCAGCUUGAGUCUCAGCAUCCUUGAAUAAGGAAGGAGAAACUGGGUCAUCCGCAGCAUGAGCUCCAGGUGAUGGAAGACACAUUUCUUAACUGGCUUGCUCUGAGAACUGAUGCCUGAACCACCUCAGCAUGGCCAAUAGAAGACGAGGUGGGCAUGGCCAGCCUCCCUCAGUGACGCCUUCCCGGUUUAGCCCUCGAAGUCUUUCUGCCAAUAGGACCUGCACCCACAAUAUAUGCAUGGUGUCUGACUUUUUCUACCCAAACAUGGGAGGUGUGGAAAGCCACAUUUACCAGCUCUCUCAGUGCCUCAUUGAGAGGGGACACAAGGUCAUAAUUAUCACCCAUGCUUACGGAAAUCGAAAGGGUGUCCGUUACCUCACCAAUGGCCUCAAAGUUUAUUAUUUGCCUCUCAGAGUCAUGUACAACCAAUCUACAGCCACGACUCUCUUCCACAGUCUGCCAUUGCUCAGGUACAUAUUUGUCCGGGAGAGAGUUACCAUAAUCCAUUCCCACAGUUCUUUUUCUGCCAUGGCCCAUGACGCUCUCUUCCACGCCAAGACAAUGGGGCUUCAGACAGUCUUCACGGACCAUUCCCUUUUUGGAUUUGCUGAUGUCAGCUCGGUGCUUACAAACAAGCUUCUAACUGUGUCUCUCUGUGACACAAACCACAUCAUUUGUGUCUCUUACACUAGUAAGGAAAACACUGUACUAAGAGCAGCACUGAAUCCUGAAAUAGUGUCCGUCAUUCCUAACGCUGUAGAUCCUACUGACUUCACUCCAGAGCCAUUUAGGAGGCAUGAUAGUCUAAUAACUAUUGUUGUUGUCAGCAGACUUGUUUACAGAAAAGGGACUGAUUUGCUUAGUGGUAUAAUACCUGAACUCUGUCAGAAAUAUCAAGAAUUAAAUUUCCUAAUUGGAGGAGAGGGACCAAAGAGAAUCAUUUUGGAAGAAGUACGGGAAAGAUACCAACUACAUGACAGGGUGCAACUAUUGGGAGCUUUAGAACACAAGGAUGUUAGAAAUGUCUUAGUUCAAGGACAUAUUUUUCUCAACACCUCCCUCACUGAAGCAUUCUGCAUGGCCAUCGUGGAAGCCGCCAGUUGUGGUCUGCAGGUUGUCAGCACGAAGGUUGGUGGGAUUCCUGAAGUCCUUCCGGAAAAUCUUAUUAUUUUAUGUGAGCCUUCAGUAAAAUCGUUGUGUGAAGGCCUGGAAAAAGCUAUUUUCCAAGUGAAGUCGGGGACGUUGCCAGCUCCAGAAAAUAUCCACAAUGUAGUAAAGGCUUUCUACACCUGGCGGAAUGUGGCGGAGAGAACUGAAAAAGUGUAUGAGCGUGUGUCGAAGGAAACUGUGUUGCCAAUGCACAAGAGAUUGAACAGGCUCAUCUCUCAUUGUGGCCCAGUGACGGGCUACAUUUUUGCUUUGCUGGCGGUGUUCAGCUAUCUCUUCCUCAUUUUCCUGCAAUGGAUGACUCCCGACUCUAUCAUUGAUGUUGCGGUAGAUGCUACUGGGCCAAGGGGAGCCUGGACUCAUCAAUGUCCACGUGAUAAGAAAAGAGAUGAGAAUAAUAAGGUAUCCAAAAGCAGGUAGAAGCAAGCCCAAGUCCACAAGUCCUAGACACUUGCAAUACUCCUGUUAGCAUUUGAAAAUUACCUUGCUCUUUUGUUUUUGGGUUUCAAAGUUGGUUUAGUAAAUUACGCUACCUCUGUAUCAUUCACUAUUUUUGUUUUUUGAAGACAGAUAAACAAUUAUGCAAUUCCUGAGUGUGGAAACUCCUUGCACUUCUUAAAAAUUUGGGGGAGAACGGUUUAAACACUCAGGUAUGACAUUUUUCAGAUUACUCAGAUCCCUCUCGCAGAGAUGUUUUAACAUUAUAUUUGGGGAGCCUUGGGUGCUGAAAGGCCAAAUGUUUCUGGAUCUUUUUUGGCCAGUUUUUAACGUUAUACCAUUAAUUCACAUUUACCAGAUGUUUACAAGCUUUCUUUAGGGAGGUACAACAGUUAUGUAAACUGUUUUAAGUCAAGUUCAUGUAUCCUUCAUUGGACAUUGAAGUCAUGUUCUUAGACCCUUACUGGGUCCACUUGAGGGUUACAGGGAAUCUGAUUUCUUGAGCAAGACCAUCUGUGGUUGCCAGCAUGUUUGUGCAUCUGCUACAUAUGAAAGUUGAACUAGAUGGUUGCUGAGACUAAGGACUAGUAAACAAGAAGUGGUAAGACCACGAACAUGCCAAACUGCUCAAGCGAAUGAGUGGCAGGAAGAAGUCAUCACUGGCAUACUCCAAGUACCUCUCUCAACCUGUUUUAUGCAUUCUCCCAGGAAGAGCCCUUGUCCUCGUGUGUGUGUGUGUGUGUGUGUGUGUGUGUGUGUGUGUGUGUGUGUGUGUGUGUGUGUAGAAAUGUUGCUCUUUAAGUUCUACGGACCGAUACCACUGUUGACACUAGUGCAGGCAACCCUCUGCUUUUGUAGUGCCCAGUUUAGUCCCUGUAAACACUUUUGUGGUUUCUGAGCAGAACAGACGAGGUGUGCCAUCUCCAAAGCAGCUGCUAUCCUGUCUUCUGGAUGGAAGUCCCUCCCCAUCACUAUGGCCUAGCUGAUUUCUGAUAAGUAUUGCUGGUGUGUGGAGAGGUUUGCCUCCAGGGUGGUUUAUUUAUAGAGUGUCAAGUCUGAAAGAUGUCAGAGCACGCAGUCUCUUUGUGGGUGGAAUGUCUCAGUCGGAGUCCCAGUCAUCCAGAGCCAUGGGUUGUUUAAUCCCAAGUUACCUAUGAUAAGUAUUAAUAAUCCUUUGAACUCUUCUGCAUGGGUUUUUGUGGGAAAAGGACUGAAAUAAAAGCAGCAAGGCGCUUGUGGGCAUUCGAUUCUGUCAGUAUUGUGAUUCUGUACAGGAUUUUUUAAGGACGACAUUUGCAAAACUUUUUAAAGAGUAUCUUCACAUGCCUAUUACCUGGUUGCCACUGAUAUAAAAGAGAUAUAUUUGUGUUUUGUGUAUAUGAAAAGACAAACGCUAGAGAGUCAUUUUUAAAAUAUAGAAGUUAGGCUUUCUUUUAUUGGAGACAAAUGACCUGGUCCAAACUGUUGAGUCUUCCUCAGAUCUUUAUGCAUUGAGACAGAUGUACAGCUAGCAAACAGUGCCAAUAUUCCUGGUAGACUGAGACAUGUUAACACUUGGCUUUAUUUAUUCUACACUACUGUUUCGUCUUGUAUGUUUGUUUGCUUCUACUUUUUGCCAAAAUUAUCACUGAAUGCUUCAAUUGUUCUUUAUUUAAGAUUAAAAAAAUAGAAUUGAAAAGUAAUUUGCUCUUGUGUGUAAAUGUGUAAUUUAUGAAUUGAAAUUAUUUUCCUUGUUUUGAACAAGUGGAAAUAAACUUAUUUGUGUGACAGAA